CAAAGCUGUGUGCACGUCUUGUGCCUGCUCAUUAUUGACCCUGAUCAAGAGUGGUGCACUGCUCUCUGCAUUUUGUUCUAAAUGGAAACUGCUGACUUCUACUACGUUUAUUACUUAGCUCAAGAUUAUCUGCAGUAUGUGCUUCAGGAGUCACAUCUUGGACCAGCUCAAACCAGAGUUGCUCAUGUCUUGCGAAACAUUGCAUCUUCACUGCAAGAUCAAACCGAGGAGGCUCUCAGACCAUUCCUGGACAGGAUUGACAUUACCUCUGUAGCUGUAGCCAAGAGAAUUUUCAAUGGUGUCAUGGAAGAAAAAUUUGCUGAUGGAAAUACUAACUGGGGACGAAUUAUGACCAUAUUUACAUUUGGAGGUCUUCUCACUAAGAAGCUCCAAGAGCAUGGAGUUCAGCUCACUGGAGAGGAAAAGGAGCAGAUUUCUUAUUUCAUCACAGAGUACAUAAUAAACAACAAAGCCGAAUGGAUAGAUGCAAAUGGUGGCUGGGAAAAUGGCUUCCUAAUGAAGUUUGAAAGAAGAUCACUACUGUCUUUCUCCAAAAUUACAGCCAUGUUCAUAGCUGUUUUCACCUUGUUCAGAGAGUACUAUUGAAACAAAUGGACCUGCCAGUCAUGUCUAAUCUAGAUAUUGCCACAAGCUUCAUUGCUAAGCUUUCCUCCAAGCAAUAUCAACAAGAAAAUAAUUUUCUUCCAUAUUUUUUUAACUUAUAUGUAUUUAUUUUGACUAAAUACAAUGUUUAACAUAUUAUCCUAAUUGCCAAACCUGAAGAUACGAUCCCUCCAAUAAGGAAUCGACACAGCAUCAUGCACCAAUUCAACUCAACCUUUCCAGGCAGGACUGCUUCAAAAGAGAGAUCAUUCUCCACAUCCAGACAGCUCUUGUCAUCUCUGCUGCACCUCCAUGAAAGGACUUUGUUUUACUGAAAUACAAUCCAAUGGGUUAAGAAACAAGUUUUAAUGUCAUUUGCUUUGUAAAUGGAAUACUACCGUAAUGCAUUUUAUUGCAACCUUUGUAUAAGACGGGGGGGGUGGAUUCUGUGAGGAAAAAGGAAACGGAAAUUCCAACGUAAAAGUUACUGACACAGACUACGCAAUUUUUAUGGAAAGAACAAUUUGUAGAAGCCAGCAACUUAAAAAUGUGCACUGACUUAGUGUUUAUGCAAUGAAAAAUUGGAUGGGAAAAGGUCUACCUGAGUAAGAUGACUCCUAGAAAACCUAUCACAGUGCUGCUGGACAAUCCAAGUAGUAUAUGGGUUUGACCUGAAGUCCAAGGAUGCCAAGAUGUUAAUUUUCUGUACUACUUCUUAAGUAUUAUCCCAUAGUUUGUAUAAUAAAGAGAUAUUUU